AUGGACUAUCCUAAAGGAUUAGAUCCCUUUACUGCAAGACAGCAUCUUUUGCAUCAUGUAUUCUCUCCACUUAUUUCUUUACAAUCAACUCAUAACGUUGACAUUUGUCUCGAAUCGAUAUUAAACAAUAACCAUUCAUUAUCAACCUUACAGAUAUUUAAACCAUUUGGUAAUAAUGCCAAAUACAGUAUACAUAAUCAGCAGUUUAGAAUAACCAAUACUCAGCUAAUAACAAAAACUUAUACUAGCUUCCCUAUACGCUUCGAACCUCCAUUGUCCGAGCUAUUGUCGAUUUCAAAUGCUCAGCAAAGGAAAACCUUCACGGGGCAGAAAACAAUAAGAAUAUCUAAUAAUAACGAGACUUCACGACUACCACUACCACCUCCUGCUACUGCCGCUACUACUACUGCUACCGCCGCCGCCACCGCCGUUACCGAAAGCUCCUCUUUGGAUCAGCUAUUUAGCAUAUCUUCACUCGAGCUCUACUUGCAGCAUCUAGCUAACCAGGAAACCGAUAAUUUAUAUUUAACCUUUUUCGACAAGAUCAUUACAACUAAUAAACUCAUACCUUUUGAAACUUUUAACCAUCCGAUAAGUCAGAUUUUUGUCAUUGAUUUCGAAAAUGAUACUAUUGAAGAGUUGCGCAAGCUGAUUGUUGAGUUUCGCAAUUAUAACUUUCCCAAAUUUUUCCAAAUCGAUGACUUGUUUAUCCACGUUUUCAUUAUGUUUGAUUCAACCAAAUUCAAGGCUAAUCAAGUGAUGGUUUUGGUUAAUGAGAUCAAGGCCAAAUUGACUAUCAAUUGUACAUUGAUACCCAUAAACAAGGACUCUAAUAAUGGCAAAUUUGUUUCCAUAUCCGCAAUCGAAAAUUGUACAAUAGAAGAAGACCUCCAACGAAUGACAUUGAAUGACGCAACAGAAUCUUUUGAUAUUCCGGAAUCUCUCGAUAUUGCAAUCCGCGAGGCGAUUUACGAAUACAUAAACAAGUUUCUAAUACCGCAUAUGCAAGCGAAAAUCAGAUCUUGGGAUGACCAAAUGUUGCAACCUAGAAAAUCGAUAACAAAUCGAUUCUUUUCAGCUUCAAAGAAAUUGUUCAAUAACAGUGAUUCAAACCUACUUUCUUCUACACCUUUGCAUUCUUCACUGUCUCCAAAUUCCUCGUCCAAUUACACUGGCAGUUAUUACCACAAGUCUACUCCAGAACAAAUAAUUCGAAAACUUGCAGAUUGGUCAUUGAUAUUGAAAGACUUCAAAUAUGCUUAUUCAACAUACGAUUUGGUUAAAAAGGACUAUACGAAUGAUAGAGCAUGGAUAUACGUUGCGUCUACUCAGGAAAUGUGCAUCGUCUCUUUGUUACUAACGCAAACACAGCAAAUCCCCAAUCCUUCAUUGCGACCACAGCAACCAGAUAAAAACACAUUGCGCAAAAUUCGUCACGAUAUAAUUGAGCCGUUUAUGGAUAAUUUAUCCUAUACAUUUAAAUCAAGACUAAAUUUAAAAACCUAUAGUUUCAAAAGCUUCUUAAUGGUUAUUGAGUUGUUGCUAUCAAUGUGUCAAAUGUAUAAUAUUGCAUGGUGGUGGCAGGAUUUGAUUGAAAAAUAUUUGCUAUUGCUAGUUACCGAUUUCAAUCAACACCUUACUGCCGCUUUACCCACUCUGAAUUUCUCAGUGAUUAAAGCUAUCUUGUUGGAGCGACUAGGUUAUAGCAAUGGUCAUUAUUUUGAAUUCACGGCUGAUAAUCUGUUUCUUUUAAAUCGAGAAAAAAUGGUGAAGGUCUCAGGAGGAGGAGGAGAAGAAGAAGAAGAAGAGGAAAACGAAAACGAAAACGAAAAGGAAAGCUAUAUAAACCCUUUUAAGCUUGCUAAUAUAAAGCCAACAGUGGGUCUCACCAGGUUACGCAAAUCAGCAUUAUGGUACUUGUUAUCCUUGAAGGAAUGGAAAGUUGCAAAUUGCACAACUUCCAAACAAUACGAAACACUAUUGCAAAAUGUAGAAUUCCUAUAUGAUUUUCAAGAAGACGGCCGUGGUGCCAGUAAUGGAAACGAGUGGUAUAAUAGAAAAGAUACAUUAUUCAGCAUAAUUAAAGACAAAUAG